AUGUAUCACAUUCAAUCCAGCGUUCAUAUCAGACGAAGAGGACCGUAUUUGAGCGUUUCUGUGAUAGUCCCUAUAAAUUUACAGGGAACACUGACGUCGUCGGAGUCACUCUGUACUACCGGAUGUCGGAAUCGAUCCAUUAUCGAAAUUGACAAGGUCCUGGCUGCUUCGAGUAAAUAUGCAAGAUGUUAUGCUCGAAAGUUGCACGUUCCUAUAAAGCUUGCAAUUGAACGCUGCAAAACAGUAAACGCUACUGAUCGCUAUUUCGACGCAUGCGUCUUCGAUCUCAUGCUAACAGGUAAUAACAACUAUAGCAGCAUAGCUAAUCUGUUCGACGAACAGAUUCAAUUCGAUUUAUGCACAAUAAAUUGGGAUCGAAAAGGAUUCAAAAUUAAGAAAGAUUAG